GAGUAGAGAGAAAAAAUUUUUUUAACAGUAUUUAUAAAUUAUAUCAUUAAUUUUUUAUCAUAAUUUUUUUUACCAAUCAAAAAAAUAUAUUAUUAAAAUUUAUAUAUUUAUUAAGAUAAAGUUAAAAUUUUUUAAAAUUUUAAAAUAAAGUUAAUAAAUUUUAAUUUUUUUUUACGCUAGUCAAAUAUGUUGAGGAUAAUUUAUAAAUAGAAAUUGAGUAAUAAUUUAGGAAAAAAUGCAUCGACCGCGCUGUGCCGCGUGCGUCAGCGAUGGCGGGAAAGAGGCAUCCGGAGAGGCGUAUGGGGGAAGCUUCCGCGCGCGUUCUUUGAAGCCUGCAGCGGUGCAGCCUAUUUGAACCUCUACUUUCUCCUCGACUCUGCUGAAUCAUUACUCCUGCUCAGUGCUCACUCCUAUUUUCCUCUUUCAGCCAAAUGGUUCACUCCAAAACUACCCCCAAAGCCUCCCACCCUAAUCCCAGCCCCCCAAUCACUCCAUUCCAUCCUCACGAACCUUCUCCUUCUUCCCUCCUACCGUGCCCAUCUUCCCCCUUCGCUUCCUAUUCUCUUCCUCCCUCCGCUCCCGUUCGGAGGCGGAGCGUUCGUCUCCUUCUCGCCUCCCGAAUGGAUGUUGCUGCACGCCCCCUAUCUGAUCCUUCCCCCAUUAGUACAGAUGGGGAUUGCUCAUUUCCCGAGGACCCCGAGUUCCAGAGCAAAAUUUCUUGGGAGCCUGGUGUCCCCCGCGUGUCUCGUUCGGAUGAUCAUGACAUGGGGUUGGACUCUAGUGGAAAUGAAAUCAGGGAUUUGGAACUGGCGGACAAUACUGACCGAGUGGAAGUGGAAUUGUUUAAUGAAAUGAGCAGAGGCGGAUCAGAUUCGUGUCAGCAUGGAUCAAGUUCGCGGAUUCCUGGGCCCAAGUCCUCUAAGGCUAAGAGGAAGUGGGGGUUGAAUUUGGAUGUUCAUUUAGACAGUUUUGAAUGCAGUGGAGAUGAAAGAAGCAACGGUUUUCUCAAUUUACGGUCGGGAAAGACUAUACCUAAGAGAGGAACGGAUUUAGAGAAUCCUAUGGACAAGACUCUUGAAAAAAUUGAAUGCCGAGGGAAAACUGUUGAAAGUUUUAUGGAUGCUGCAUCCAUUUAUAAGGAUGUUGCUGGUGGUGCUAAGCGUGGUCGAAAAAUGAGAAGUGAAGAUAAGGGAAAUAAAGAACUUCACAUGGAUGGUUCCAAGUCAGUUGAUACAAGGCAAUCAAAAGGUAAUAGAAAAGGCAAGAGAAAGUUAGUUGGCGCUGGUGAAAAGGGGGAUGUUAUUGAAAACGUGGAUGAAGGGCUGAUCUGUGAUACAAGGCAAUCAAAAGGUGAUAGAAAAGGCAAAAGAAAGUUAGUUGGUGCUGGUGAAAAGGGGGAUGUUAUUGAAAACGUGGAUGAAGGGCGGAGCUGUGAUGAUUUCUUACCUAAUGAUAGUCAAGAAGCUGGAAUGGGCUUAGAAUCCAAUUCAGGCGAUCGUAUUACUAAAGUUGCCAACCAUCUAGGAGACAAUACAGCCUCACGAGGUCAAGAACAGUUGAUAAACAUGAGUAUAAGAGAGUAUGGUUCAAGAAGGAACGAAUACAUGGAACAUUUCAGGGAUAUAGCCAGGGCAAAUGCUUCUCAAUAUGCUCAUUUUGCAGCAGAUGAGGAACAUGACCAAUUGACUAGCGAAGCUGAAGUCGAAAAUGAAACUGAAGACUGGCCAGGUCCUUUCUCAACGGCUAUGAAAAUUAUCAAAGAUCGAGCACUGAAAAGUAUGCAAACAGGUGGUGCCUCUUCAGAGAGAAGUUCACCUGUAUCCGUAAAAUGGCUUCCCAAGAGGAAUCAAGGGAAAAUAGGUGCAAGAUUCUCAAUCCCAUCACUGCAAGAACUAUGCCUUAACGUUCUCACCAAGAAUGCAGAUGCAAUUGUUUCCCUUAAUAAUGUCCCUGAUGCUCUGAGGCAUAAACUCAGUCAGUUGUUAUGCGAUUGUCGAAAAAUGAACAGUCAUUUUUUUGAACUUCUUGUCAGUGGAUCACCCAUGGAGAUUCGGCUAAGGGAUUGCUCAUGGAUGACAGAGCAGCAGUUCACAGAAUCUUUUCAAAUGUGCAGCACUACAAGUUUGGCGGUGUUACAACUUGAUCAGUGUGGUCGCUGUUUGCCGGAUUAUGUACUAUGCUCUACUUUGGCACAGGCACCAAGGCAUUUACCUAGAUUAACUACUUUGUCCCUCAGUGGUGCAUGCCGUCUUUCAGAUGGGGGUUUGCGUUCAUUAGUUUCUUCUGCCCCUGCCCUUCGAUCAAUCAAUCUUAGCCAGUGCUCCCUUCUCACAUCUACCAGCCUUUAUAUCUUGGCAGAUUCAUUAGGAUCACUUCUGAGAGAGUUGUAUCUUGAUGAUUGCCAAGGCAUUGAUGCUGCACAAAUUGUGCCUGCACUGAUGAAGCUUGAACAUCUGGAAGUUUUGUCGGUAGCUGGUAUUCAGACUGUUUGUGAUGAUUUUAUCAAGGAUUAUAUCAUUUCCCGUGGUCACAACAUGAGGGAGCUUGUUUUAAAGGAUUGUGUAAAGUUGACUGAUUUAUCAGUGAAAGUCAUUGCUGAACACUGUCCUCAGUUAUGUGCGCUUGAUCUUAUGAACUUGUCUAAAUUAUCAGAUUCAUCCAUGUUAUAUCUUACAAAUGGUUGUCAAGCACUUAAUAUUCUGAAACUUUGCUGCAAUGCCUUCAGUGAUGAAGCAAUUGCUGCUUUCUUGGAGACCAUGGGAGAGUCUUUGAGAGAACUUUCCCUCAAUAAUGUUAGGAAGGUUGGCCCUCACACAGCCUUGUCACUUGCAAGCCGUGCAAAAAAUUUGCUUACUCUGGAUCUGUCCUGGUGCCGAAAUUUGACAGACAAUGCAGUGGGUCUAAUUGUGGAUUGUUGCUCAUCUCUGAAGCUACUUAAACUUUUUGGUUGCACGCAGAUUACAGAUGUUUUUCUGAAUGGCCACUCCAAUCCGGAGAUCCAUAUAAUUGGUUUGAAGAUGUCUCCUCUAUUGCGGCAUGUCAAGGUGCCCAACAGUCAGCAACACGCUUUGCACUAUUCCUCGGUUUAAUUAUAAAUUCAGUGGUCUGAGAGUUCUUGCAUUUGGGUUGGCGCAUGAUAUUCUCAUAUAUCCUUGGAUUCGUGAUUUUAAACUGAAGAUCUAGAACUAAUUUGGACGAGCCUUGGGAAAUGCAGACGCAUUCACGACGUUUGAUUGUCUUGCCUUUGAUGUAUUCUAACGCCUAAUUCGUCUGAUCUGACAUUUAUGCAUGAUCACAUAUAAACGCAAAUACGCAAUCCAUUGAGGCUAUUUUCAAUUUUA